AUGUCAACUCACUCAAACCACCCAUUUCACUUAGUAGAUUAUAGUCCAUGACCAUUAACAGCUUCAAUUGGAGCUAUAACAACUGUCGCUGGAAUAGUAAAGUGAUUCCAUCAAUAUGAUGUUUCAUUAUUCUUAUUAGGUAAUAUUAUUACUAUCUUAACUGUUUACCAAUGAUGACGAGAUGUUUCUCGAGAAGGAACUUUUCAAGGUCUUCAUACUGACGCAGUAACUACAGGUUUACGAUGAGGAAUAAUUUUAUUUAUUUUAUCAGAAGUUUUAUUUUUUGUUUCAUUCUUUUGAGCUUUUUUUCAUAGUAGUCUUUCUCCAUCAAUUGAAUUAGGAGCUAUAUGACCUCCUAUAGGAAUUACUCCAUUUAAUCCAUUCCAAAUUCCUUUAUUAAAUACAGUAAUUUUAUUAACUUCAGGAAUUACUGUAACUUGAGCUCAUCAUAGUUUAAUGGAAGGAAAUCACUCCCAAACUACUCAAGGAUUAUUUUUUACAGUAAUUUUAGGAAUUUAUUUUACUAUUCUUCAAGCAUACGAAUAUAUUGAAGCUCCAUUUACAAUUGCUGACUCUGUUUAUGGUUCAACAUUUUUUAUAGCAACAGGAUUCCAUGGAGUUCAUGUUUUAAUUGGAACUACUUUUUUAUUAGUAUGUUUAAUUCGUCACUUAAACAAUCAUUUUUCUAAAAAUCAUCAUUUUGGAUUUGAAGCUGCUGCUUGAUAUUGACAUUUUGUUGAUAUCGUUUGAUUAUUCCUUUAUGUUUCAAUUUACUGAUGAGGAGGUUAA